GACUAUUAGCCGAGUGUUACAGCUGCCUCACAGCACAAACAGCAAGCGAAGGAACCUUGGAUUAUUCCCUCCACCGCACGGACUCCUACGAGACUCGUCGACCUAAGCGACCUGCGCAGCCUCACAGAUGUCAAAAAUGAAUCCGAUUGUUAUGUCUCUUCUUUGCUGCUGUCUGCUGGCUACUGUGGUGCACAGUGUGGAUAGUGCAAAACUCGACCUCAGCCAGCUUCUAAAAAGAAGUGUAUGGCUACAGAGGACAAAAAGGGAUUUGAGUAGCCUGUCUGCACUGAGGGAAGCAGAGCCUGGGCAGUUUGUUAGACCUGAGGAUGUCAAAGACACCCUGCUUCCACAUUCCCGCACUGGCAUCAGCGUACGGACGAAGCGCUCCAAGAAUUCUGUCAACCUGUCGCGGAAGUCUGGCUGCUCGCUGGGCACCUGCACGGUGCACGACCUCGCCUACCGCCUGCACCAGCUCAACAACAAGCUGAAGAUCAGCAGUGCCCCCAUCGAGAAGCUGGGCUCCGGGGGUUACGGGCGGCGCCGCAGGUCCCUCCCGGAGAGGCGCAUGUCCCUGAAGUGCGAAGGGGGCCGGGUGCGGGCGUCGUGGAGCAGCGCGGCCUCCCACUCGCGGCUGUCCAAGCUGGAGGAGCUGCUCAGACGGACGUGAGAGCGCAGAGCGCCCCCUGGGGGAGAGGAGGGGUCGCGGCAGCAGAGACUCGCCGUCCAAAUCCGAAAUUCUACUCAUGCCUCAGACUCCUGCCAAGAGUUCUCCGGCACAUUAUUUUCCGAGGCGAGCGGCCGAGCGAGCAGUAGCGUCGCGCUGGAGGCGUCGCCAAAGCUAGAGCACAAAAACAACAGCUGUUCCACAAGCACUGUGAAAUAGAGAGAGACAGGGACUGAGAGAGAGGGAGAGAGAGAGAGACGAGAAGCGGGGAGAGGCAGAGAUGCUGUAGUGGGGCACUGGAGCACUGCAGGUGGCCUUGAGAGUGUACGGUCCCUGCACUUACCUGCGGGUCAGUGGCCAUAGACACUGGUCCGAAGAACGAACCUCCUCUCGCAAGACAGAACCAUUAGUGUCCUCUCACUACUCCUCAGAUGGACUAUUCAUUGGGAUUAUGGGAUCCAAAUAAUCUGUGUGCCCAGUGACUUCCAUGUGCUCUCUCAGAAUAACCUCUGGACUUAAAGCCAUCUAAUUCAACAGGGAAAGACGCAGCGUGAUGAUUCCGGAGAGAUGGACUUUAAGAAUAAAGCGAUAAAGCUGUUUUCUGUCUCAAACCAUGAAUAUGGACACUGUAUGCAAGAUGAAUGCAUUAGAUUAUAUGAAAUGCCUUUGCCAGUCCUUAUGGAUUGUACUGUACUUGAACAUUAUUAUUGUGUGUAUAGAGAUAUGUGCAAUCUAUAUAUAAUUUUUUUAUUGACAGUAUAUAUGUAUAUAUGUCAAAAUCUCUAGAUAUUGUUAUUUAAUUGUUUUAUAUUACUUUCUACUACUUAAAGAGAGCUAUUUUUGUACAGGAAAAAAAGAAUAAGGGCAUUGUAUGUAUGUUGUUUAUUAUUCAUUUGUGUCAUAUGUUUUAAACUGUGGUAAUAGAAUAAGUGUUUCUGAGUGCAUAAUAAUAUAUUUGUAAAUGUGGUUAAUUUUGUGUGUACGAGUAAUGCUGUCAUCUAAUAAACUUUGCAUCAAUCAAAA